UUCGAUUUCUUUUGCGUUCCGUAGAUCGACAUCGACUGCAUGCGCGGAAUUUGUCUUUUUACUACCUAAGGAAUGGAGCUAGCGACCAAAUUGGAAGUGGGAUUUGCCUUGGAACUAUACACCCAGCCAAAAGGUCCAUAUGCAUUCUCGCUAUCAUACACCCAUCAAAAGAAGAGGAUGUUCCCAAGCCAGAAUUUGGCAUCCCCGUCAUUGGUACUUACACAAAUAUAUGCAGAGGCUUGAGACAAUCAUCAGACAAGAACAGCUGGCACAGCAACUACAUCAUUGAAAUGGAGCAAAGACAUCACAAUGAGAUCCCAGCAUGCAAGAUCAUCCAAUCACCAUGGCAACACUCGGCUGAUACUGGGGAUACCAGCCUCCUUCUCAUACUGUUUAAUGAUUUUCAUGUAAUACAUGCCCAACGUAUCUGUUUAGAUAAUGGCAAUCCAGGUGAGAAGAGUGCUGCUUAUGAACCUACCCUAUCUUUGCUUGAAGAACGUCAGAAAUCCACCACUCAUCAAUGUGAAGCAGUGGAUUUCUUAUUCUCAGCAGUCCAGCAAUUUUGUAGAACUUCACACUCCCUCUUUGCAUCUCAGAGUAUGCCCAUGUCAUGUUUAAGAACAGAUUCCAGGAGUAAAGGAUUCCAAUCAUGCAGUCAACUGUAUGGACUUUGCUGUAUCUUACCUGUCUUCAUCACAAGAUCUCUAUUUCACUGUUUGAACAACAUCAAGAAAAAAAGAUUCUGUCAGAAUGACUGGCUGUACGAGUUCUUCACAUUCCCAACGACAGGAUCUCAUCUUGCUAACAAAUCACAUCAGUUCUGUGAGUUUAUGAGAAAGGAGAAGGAUGAUGGGAAACAGGGAUUAUCCCAAGAGGGUAUAAGAUCAAACGAUCAUUUCAUCAGGAUAGGAAAUUCAUUUUCUACUGUGAUGGUUGAUCUUGUACUUGGUGUUUUAUUGUUGAUAUGGAUGUACAGUGCCGAUCUACCCGUCCUAUUGGCAGACAUUGUCAAAGAUAAGGCUGAUCAAACAGGCAUUGGUCUUCAGCACCUGUUACACUGGUUGAUGGGAGCACCGGCUGGUCUCAAACUCAACACAUUCUUGGCUCAUUUCUUGGGAAACUUCUUCCUUUAUCAUGUCUACCUAUGGAUUGGUUAUCUAAGUGUACUGCUUCCCAUCAUGACUUCAUUGCUUUGGUGUAUAGCAGGAGCAGGGGUCCUUGGGUUCUCUGUUCAACUAGCACUGGCUUCAGACCUUCUAUCUGCUCUCACUUUCCAUAUCUACUGUUUUUACGUCUAUGCUGCAAGAAUCUACAGUCUUCAGAUAUCAGGAUUGCUUUCUCUGGCUCGUCUCUUCCAAGGCAAGAAAUGGAACGUUCUUCGUCAGAGGGUAGACUCAUGUUCUUACGAUGUUGAUCAAUUGUUUAUGGGGACUCUUCUCUUUACGAUGCUCUUCUUCAUGUUGCCAACCACAGCUCUGUUCUAUGUUGUCUUCACUGUGCUUCGUCUAUUGAUCCUCUUCAUCCAAAGUCUACUGACUCUCCUGAGGGAGCUACUCCAUACCUUCCCAUGGUUCUCUCUGUUGCUAUGGCUUGCUGGAUCAAACAUGCUCAACCAGGAAGUACACUUUCAAGUGCUACCAGUAUUGCCAUGGCAACCAACUUCUCUUUCUCUUCAGAUGCAGCUGAUGACUUUGCAAGAAGCCCUUCAAGUUGGCCAUAGUCUGCCUGUUACUCUCAAACCAAAGAAGCUUUCUCUAGCACUGAUGUGUAGCAAGCUUGUCAGAGGUCAGCUGAUCUAUCCAUGGGGUGGAGAGUGCAGUUAAAGAGUCAAGAUGAUCUGUUACUCUCAAACCAAAGAAGCUUUCUCUAGCACUGAUGUGUAGCAAGCUUGUCAGAGGUCAGCUGAUCUAUCCAUGGGGUGGAGAGUGCAGUUAAAGAGUCAAGAUGAUCUGUUACUCUCAAACCAAAGAAGCUUUCUCUAGCACUGAUGUGUAGCAAGCUUGUCAGAGGUCAGCUGAUCUAUCCAUGGGGUGGAGAGUGCAGUUAAAGAGUCAAGAUGAUCUGUUACUCUCAAACCAAAGAAGCUUUCUCUAGCACUGAUGUGUAGCAAGCUUGUCAGAGGUCAGCUCAUUUAUCCAUGGGGUGGAGAGUGCAGUUAAAGAGUCAAGAUUUAAAGUGAUAGGAUAUAAUUCAGGCUCUCAACAGAUGAUCUGUACAAACACCUUCUGAAUCAACUAUUUUUCAUGAAUAGUCAAUCUUAAAAAGUAUUUAUGCCAUCAGCAGAGAUGCCAACUGUUCCGUUUUUGCCGUAUUUGUUCCGUUUUUCGCUAUGAAUAUGGCAGUACGUUUUUUGUAUGUUUUGUUACGUUUUUAUGCCUCCGUUACGAAGUAGCCGGAGGCAUUAUGUUUUCGGGUUGUCCGUCCGUCCGUCCGUACGUCCCAUUC